AUGUCGAAUAAUACUAAUGCGACCGCUACACCAGCAGCAACACCAUCACCAUUUAACAAUGGUGAUAUUGCUUGGACCUUAGCAUCUACAGCAUUGGUGUUCAUUAUGAUUCCAGGAGUAGGAUAUUUCUAUAGUGGUAUGGCUCGUAGUAAAAAUGCUUUAUCACUUAUUAUGCUCGGAAUGUUAUCAGCCGCUGUUGUAUCUUUUCAGUGGUGGUUAUGGGGUUAUAGUCUAACAUUUGGUCCCUCCUCCAGUCAUUUUAUUGGAAAUUUAGAUCAUGCAUUAUUGUUGAAUGUAGGAUUUGAUCCACAAGCUAGUAUAACAUCUACUGUACCUGCUUUAGUAUAUGCCAUCUAUCAAUGUAUGUUUGCUGCAAUAACGCCUGCUCUCGCCAUUGGUUCAGCAGCUGAACGUGGUCGUGUAGUUCCUGCUAUUAUAUUCAUCUUUAUUUGGUCGACUAUUGUUUAUGAUGUUAUUGCUUGCUGGACUUGGAAUGUUGACGGAUGGGCAAACAAGUUGGGUACUCUUGACUUUGCUGGUGGUACUCCUGUACACAUUGCAUCCGGUACCGCAGCUCUUGCUUAUUGUAUUAUAGUCGAAUUAUCAGCAAAUACUCGCGCCGCUACUGCUUGUGUUGUUACAAAUUUGGCAGCCUCCGUUGGUGGUUUAGUAUGGGCAAUAAUGGAUUAUAGAUUAGAAAAGAAAUUAUCAGCCCUUGGUUUUUGUUCAGGUGUAGUUGCUGGUUUGGUAGCUAUCACACCUGCAUCAGGUUAUGUUGAAGCUUACUCUGGUGCUAUUUUUGGACUUUUUGCCGGUAUUUGUUGUAAUUUAGCUGUCAAAUUAAAGCAUCUUUUUGAUUUUGAUGACGCGUUAGAUGUAUUUGCUGUACACGCUGUUGGAGGUUUGGUUGGCAACAUUCUUACUGGUAUUUUUGCUAGUAGAAGAGUUUUUGCAUUAGAUGGCCUGGAUCAUCCUGGUGGUUGGAUAGACGGAAAUUGGAUCCAAAUGGGCUAUCAACUUGCUAAUUCUGGAGCUAGUAUAGUAUAUACAUUUGUGGUAACUUACAUUAUAUUAUUUGUCAUGGAUAAAAUUCCUGGACUUUCACUUCGUGCAGAUCUCGAUUCAGAAACUAAAGGUCUUGACGAAUCCGAGUUAGGAGAAUUGGCAUAUUAUCAUGUUGACAGAUUAGUUACAGUAAAUGCAAGAACUGGUGAAACUAAAACUGUUAAGGAGGAAACUAUUCAUCAACAGAAUGAUACCAAUGUUUCCAUCAUGUAG